GAUGGCAACAAUGCGUCUUUUCUUUUACUUUAAAUCCUACAUGUUAAAAUUUUUAAUAUUUCAUAAAUCGAAAAAGUGAUAUUAUUAAAACAUUAUUUUAAAAUAAAGAUAAUAUUAUUUUAAAACUUUUAUAACAUGAUAGGCACAUUAAUCUCUAAUACAUAUAAAACAUUUCCACGACUUGCAUUAUUUAAUCAAACUUUUUCAUCAAUUUCACCCACAAUAAUAAAUCCAUGGAAUUUAACUAUAAACAGAACUAUAAUGAGAUAUCAUUUUCCACAUCCUAAUGAACGUCGCCGUAUUAAACGUCACGGAUGGAUUACAAGAAUGUUAACUCCCAAUGGACGGAAAAUUCUCAUGAGAAGAAUAUUGAAAGGCAAAUAUGUACUUAGUCAUUAAAUAUUAUAUAUAUACGUAGAUGUAUAUGUAUACUUAUAUUAAAAUAAAAAAUCAAAAAUCAGUAAA